AUGGCGACGCCUGGGGUGGAAGCGGCGCUGGAGCUGCUCAGGCGGCUGUCGGGGCUGCGAGAGCCGACGGAGGAGCUGCGCGACUUGCGCGUGGCGGUGCAGGCUUUGGCGCCCGGCGCUCUCCGGGAGCGGGGUCCCGUAUUCCCCGUGGAGGGGCUCUUCGUUCUCAUGGCGCGGGGUGACAGUGAACAGAUCUCCUCAUGUAUUGUGAUCCUGGAGCGGUUCCUGCAAGCCAUGGACCCCUUAUAUGUAAUUCGAAACUUUGGAGAACAACUUCAGAAAGGCCUCUUCCAUCAGCAUGAUUCAGUCAAAAUUCUUACUAUAUCUCAGGUUGGAAGGAUAGUUGAAGACUCUGAUGCUGUUAAAGAAAUCCUCAACACUCCAGAAUUGCUGAGGCAGAUCAUUUAUUGCAUUGCCGCAGAGAAAAUAUCGGUGGCCAAGGAGGCUAUCAAGUCUCUGUCAAGAAUAGCACAGUCCCCCGAAGGGUUGGAGGCACUGCUGGCCGGCAACUUGCUGGUUGACUUGAAAAACGUGAUGGCCAAGAGCGACGUCAUACGCUACCGAGUGUACGAGCUAGUUGUCAACAUCGCCUCAGUGUCGGCAGAUUCUCUGAACUACUGCGUGAACAGCGGACUGCUUUCGCAGCUGAUUGGGGAGCUGACGGGGAAUGACGUGCUUGUCAGAGCUACCUGUGUCGAGAUGGUGACGUCUCUUGCCCACACUCAUCACGGGCGUCAGUACCUUGCCCAGCAAGGAGUCAUCGACAAGAUAUCCAACAUUAUCAUUGGGGCAGACUCUGAUCCUUUUUCCAGCUUCUACUUGCCAGGCUUUGUAAAGUUUUUUGGGAACCUUGCCAUAGUCGACAGUCCAGACCAGAUAUGUGAGCAAUACCCCAUCUUUAUGAAGAAGGUCUUCAGCAUGGCAGAAGGCCACGACCAGACCAUGUAUGGUGUUGCUGUGGAUACGCUUGGGAUCUUGGGGUCGACGGUGGAGGGAAAGCUGGUCUUGCAGAAGAUGGGGAGGCGAUUUCAUCAUGUGCUAAACCAAAUGGGCUGUCAAGCAAAAAGUGCCCCAACAGAGCUGAGGGUCCGAUGCCUGGAUGCCCUGGCAUCUCUUUUGUAUUUACUGCCAGACCAGCAGACAGAAGACCUCUUGAGAAUGACAGAGUCCUGGUUCUCCUGCCUGUCUAGCCAGCCUCUGGAACUCAUCAGGAGUAUCAGUACACAGCCAUUCCCUGACCUCCACUGCGGUGCCUUACGGGUCUUCACUGCCAUCGCUAACCAGCCCUGGGCCCAGAGGAUGAUGGUGGCUAGCCCAGGCUUUGUGGAAUAUGUCGUGGACAGAUCGGUGGAUCCCGAUAAGUCUUCCAAGGAAGCCAAAUACGAACUUGUCAAGACCCUUGCCAGUUCCAAGACAAGUGCGGAGAUCUUUGGGAACCAACAUUUUUUAAAGCUUCGGGGUUAUAUGCAUGAAGGGCCUUAUUACGUCAAGGCCAUUUCGACCACAGCUGUGGAAGGGGCCGAUUAACAUCUGCCAAGUGACAAAUUCCUUUCCAGUAAUUCCAGGAAUGGCAGAUUGGUGUCAGACUCCUCCAGAACAGGGAAUUUGACUUUAUGGGUGUGCAUGGGAGGAAAACAUCUGAGGAAGCAAUUGGCGUGUGUUUGUGUGUGUGUGUUAAUUUGAAAAGAGAUAACUGGGUAGAAAUGUUAAGGACCACGUUAGUUCAUGCCUUUAUGCCGUGGAGUAAUGUAACAAAACUUAUCUGGCUCCUUAGUGGCAGAGUCGGAUGCUUUAACAUGACAUGUAUCGGCUGGUUCUUUUUAUGCUUUUUUCAGUGUGUUGGAGUGUGCAUGUGUGGGGGAGUGCCUCCAUUUAACCAACCCGAUACAGUGGAGAGGCCAAAUUUGAAUACUGAAUGCAAUUCAGAAGGGGUGUUAUGUACUCUGACCCUAAAUGUAACUGCAGUUCAGGGAGACUCCUUCAGGCCUGUGAAACAGGUGAGUCUGCUCUACGUGGAGGGGACAGCUUGGUCUGCUGUAGCCAGCAGUGGCCUGCCUGUGUGUUGGCUUCCGGGUAAUAGUUUUUAUGUGGCAACACAUCCCACUGAUCUUAAUGGAGCAAAGCCAGGAAACACUCAUGGGAGCUGUUUGUGAUGGUACCUAUUACUAGGCUGCAUCCUUUUGGACUGCAGUGGGCACAUCAGUGUUUACUCAUCUGCGUGAACUAUUAUGUGCAGCGUUGGUAUGUACAGGAAAAGCUUACUCUAGAACGUUAUUCCUAAUAGCCCAGUUCUGUAUAUGCAAAGACGAUUGUGUCCUCCCCCACUGUCAGAAAUGGUGCAGCUCAGCAAUGGAUACACUGCGCAGACCUUCAGCUAGCCUGUAAUCUGCUGAGUGUGUGUUAGAUUGGGGUCAGAAGUCACGUUGCUGGAUGGAAAUCUUGACUUGAAUCCUUAAUUCUGAUUAUGGCACUUCUCAGAGAAACUGAAAUUUGAAUCAGGGGAGUUCUGUGACACUGAUUUACUGGAACUAUAGAUGAAAAUGGGUGCAGCUUCAAAAAUCCUAAGACCUACCCUUUUUGACUACGUUUGGAAAACAAAACACAUACGUCCGUGUUCCAUCUUUAAAAGCCACUAGGAUUCUAAGUAUAGCUUUCUUUGAUGUAAAUUGUGUGGAGGCUUGUUUCGCUUUAAAUGACCACAGUCUAGUGCAUGCUAAUUAGAGCUGUGUAUCUGUUCAAAGUUUAGCUUCGCUGGAUUUUGACCAGUGCAUGAGGGUUGGGGACCUUAUAGCUGCUUUUCAAUACCAAGUUAUUUCAGCAGUAGAUGAGUCCCUUGAUUGUUUCUCUUAAAAGAGCACUUCUUCCAUGUGUGACGAUCAUGAUGUUGUACUUUGGAUUUUCUUCUAAUGGUAUGGAUUAUCGGCAUAGAGUCAUUCCGUUAGGAAGCGAUGCCUAUUUAUCCUAUUGCUGUUGGUGAGUCCCUACACUUGUAUCCAAAUAGACUGAUGGAGCAAGACAGCAUUAGCUGCCUUUCAGCAGGGCAGAAUGAACCUUUUCUGACUGCCCCUGCAACCAGUGGUGCUAGGCAACGAUUUGACAAGGCCCUGUGUCAGCAUCCCACGUGGUGGAAAAGAAAUUUUCACUGGGCAGGAGGAACGGAUUGGAAAGGAAGCGAGUAAUAAAAGAACUUCUUUUAGUGGUCACAAGCUGAGCAUUUUUCAAGCUAGAACUGGAUCCAGGCUACACUGCCGCUGCCAGUGGAAUCUCUGUGUUGGUCUCCACCUUCCCUGUCUUCUGUAGCUUCAAGUACCUGUGAUGUUACUUUGUCACGUCUGUGUGUUUCUCAACAUGACAGUGUUGUAGUGUGUAUUUAUGAUGAUGCAAGGAGGGACGUGAGAACACAGCCCUUAGUAGCCUACUCCUUAUUAAGCUAGAUUAUAAACUCUCUGCGCCACCCUUGCUGCCUUUAUUGAUGUGAUCACUUGUAGGUGUGCAGCUUUGGACUGACAAGGGGGGAGCUUGUUGCAGCCGGUGUGGGAUCCAAAAUACCUCUCUUGAGUGUCAAAAUACUUCCAUCAUUUUGGGGGAUGAUGGCAUGGCUUGCAUCUGGAUUCUGUGCAGCUGUGGUUCACACGAUCAUCUUAUCAAAACACUUGGCUAAGGUGGCCCACCUCUCUAGCACGAGAACUGAAUCUUUUAGAUCACACAUUCAACCGUAAUUGGGCUGUUUCAAAAGGAGUUUAAUGGUGGCAACCAGAGACAGGCAAGUCUAAAGUUUCCAUUCAUAGGAACACAAUGGUAGUAUUCAAACUAGCUCUCUGUCUAGCGGAUCAUUACUUCUCAUACCAAGGCAUAGGAUAAUAGGAGCAUAUUAUAGAAUUCACUAUGCUAUUCCUAGGCAACGGAAAGGGAUUGUAUCCAUGUUGUAAUCAUGCUUGUUUCUUCAAGGGUAUAUGCUGUUCUAUAACCCAGUGUAUCAUUGGUACUUCACCUCUAUGAUGCUUUCAAAGAACUUCAGAUAAACAAGUAAUUCUA